AUGUCUGAUGAUUGUAAUGAAAAUUAAUUCCCAACAUAAAAUGUUUCAUAUGUAUUAUCCCAAUCUGGUCUCUAAAUUCUUAAUGGUCUUUAAGGAAUAUUUGUGAAAUAAAAAUUUGAGGCUUUAGAGGUCUUAUUAGGUUGUGAUUUUCCAAACGUUUACAAAGUAUUUGCCAUAGACUCCAAUGGAGUAAAAAUAGGUCAGUUUCCAUUAUUUAAAUGUAAAGAAAUAAGUAAUUGUUGUGUUCGAAAUUUUCUUCCUGGAGACUGUCGUCCUUUCUAAAUGCAAGUUAGUAAUAAUUUAGGUCAAGUAGGCUAAGUAGGCUUUGAAAAAUCUAUGUUUAUGAUUCUUGAAAGACCUUUUAAAUGUACUUGCUGUUGUUUAAAUAGACCUAUUUUAGAUGUUAAUAUAGUGGAAAACGGUAGUUCAUAAAAUGGUGUUAUUGGUAGGAUUUUUAGUCCAUGCUUAGUUUGUAGUCUAGGUGUGGAUAUAUAAGAUGCACAAGGAAAUCUGAAAUAUUAAAUUGAAGGUAAUAUCUGUCAAGCAGGUAUUUGCUGUAAAGCAUUACCAUGUGACAGCUGUUAAACUGUAAAUUUAGAACUAAAAGGACCAGAUGGAAAUAUAAUUUCUUAAAUCACUAAAACUACAGCUGAUUGUUUAAUAUCUUAUAUAUCAGAUACUUCGAAUUUUUAAGUAUAAUUUCCUACAGAUGCUUCAGCAGAAGAUAAAGCACUUAUAUUAUCAGCAACUUUAUUUUUAGAUUUUAUGUAUUUCGAAGAAAAUAAUUAAAAUAGAAAUAGAGUAGAUGAUUGA